AUGCUAAAUUUUAUGAAAACUGAUAUUGAACUAAUACCCACUAUUUUAUCAAAAAUUGAUCAAUCCCAAGAUAUUGAUUGGCAUGAGAAAUAUUUAUUACUGUGUUGGUUAUCUGUGCUAUGUUUGGCUCCUUUUAAGCUGGAUAGCUUGAGAAAAGAUGCGAAACAAAGAAUUUUCACCAUUGGAGUUCAAUAUUUGAAAACAUCUGGUCCUUUACAACCCUUAGGAGCGAGAUUACUUGCAUCUCUCAUCAUGAGAAGUGAUUGUGCUGCUGAGUUUGAUAAAUUUAUGGAACUCUUGAUGGAGGAAUAUAUGGAUGCCAGUGAAGUUGCUCAACAAGGCUAUCUCGAAACUUUGAAUAUAGCUCUUCAAAAAGAUUCCAAUAUGAUUUUCCAACCACGUCUGGAGCAAAUUUUGAGUUUUACCAAAUCAGUAGAGAAAAGUGAAUGUCAUGUUGAUCUGGUCUCUAAGAUUUACUCCAAACUUGUUAAAUACUUAAUUGAUAUGGAUGAUUAUGAUCAAAUAGAGGAAAUCAUCACCUAUUUUUUGAACAAUUUCGAUAAUAGAAGCACUGAUACAAGAUUUUUAUUGGCAAAGAAAUUUGUGAAGUUGGUGAGCUCUUUGGAUUCUUGCUUUGGGAUUGAGAUAAUUAUUGACAUUAUACACUCAACUAAAGAAUUGCUAUUAGAAUCAUUUGAAACUAUAAACUCUGAUAAAUUGCACACUCAUCUAUUAACGUUGGCUGAAUUUUUAAGAUUAUCAUUGGUUGAUAAAGCUGGAUACAAAGACAUUGUGGAGAUACUUGAUAAAACAUUAUUUUUCCAACAGUCAAGAAUAACAUUCAUUGCAGGGUCUAAUAUUCGAGAUGCCUCCAAUUUCAUAAGUUGGUCAUUGUUCAAGUAUAACAAAGAUAUUGAUGUGUCAACAGCAUUUAGCGUUUUCAAAAAACUUUUGUUGGUAACUUGCUUUGAUAAAGAGAUAAUGAUAAGGCGUUCAUCAACUGCUGCCUUACAGGAAUUGAUUGGGCGUUAUGGUAAUAAAAUUUGGGAGGAAAUUUAUCCUUCAGAGGAAAAUUCCGCAAAAAAUAUAAGGUUAAUUGAAAUAUUGGAUUAUAUCGAUCUAGGGUCUAUUGAAAAAUCAUAUUUUGAUAUACCAAGUAAAGUUAUAUCUCUUUUUCCAGGGUUGGAGCAAAACUUCAUUUCAUUUUUAUCACAAAAUGUUUACAAUUUGGAUUAUGAUGUUGUUAAAUUAAGCUCCCGAGCAUUGAAAGACUUGCUCUCUGGCCAGCCACAAGACGUCGUUCAUUCUAUAAUAUCCAGUCAUUUCGACAAAUCAAGUCAAAAGUUUAAUGCAUUUAUUGUGUUAUCAGAAAUUUUACCAUUAUCCCAAAACAAACAAUACCCUCAAUUAAAGUCAACUUUUCAAGAGAUAAAGUUGAAUCACCACAAGGACUCAGUUUCUAUGAUCACCUCAUAUUUGUCAUUGUUAAAUACCCUUCUUGAGAUAGGGUAUGAAUUGGAUGAUUGGUUAUUGGAAAAUUUAUUUGACGCUAUAAGGGUGGACAAUGAAGAAAUUAAAGAAGUUUUGAUCAAGAUUGUAUCCAAAAUUACAUUGAGUGGAAAAUAUUGGGAUAAAUGGAUAUACUAUAUGAGAAAUAAUAACUUGAAUACAUCUUCAAGUGUUGGUUAUUUUCCAGAUUUUGGCUCCAAAGUCAGUGAUGUUGUUCAUUUACUUUCAAUCGAUCGGGUUGAUGCUGAUACCAAGGCCUCGAUAAUAUCUUCAAUAUCAAUUUAUUUAUAUCACAACCAACUAGAUAAGGAGAUCCUUGGUAAGCUAGUGGAACAACUGGAUGAUUAUACAAUUUCAGAACAAGGUGAUGUUGGUAACAAGAUUAGAUCCCAGACAAUUAAGCUGAUUGAACAUAACAUCAAUGUUUUUAAAGAUUCAUCUUUAUCCGAAUUGGUUAUCCCAAAGCUGUUGAGACUUUCAUGUGAACCAAUUGAUAAAACAAGGUCUGAUAGUUUCCAUUUGUUGAUGAAAUUUUAUGGGAUUCCAGGUCACACUUUCCAUUCAUUAGAUGGCUAUUUCACAGAAUUGUUGAACAUCUAUAAAAAGUUGUUUAUGGGGGAUAAAGAAACUAGUAAAGAAUUUUGGAAAGGUUUUAUCUUCACAGCAGGUGCUAUAAAAUCCACUGAUUCUUUGAUUAUUGCAUCAUUGAAAUGUGUUUUGAGGUUUUAUGAGACAUUAUCAAGCGAAGCACAAAAGGAAAUUUUAUUACAAUUGGCAUCUGUCAUCAAAAUUGAACCACAAGCAUUGAAAGGACAAAAUUCAAAAGCUCAAAGAUUAAAUAAAACUAUACUUGUUGGAUUACAAUUCUGGUCAAGAAUUUUAGAUUCCAAUUUGUUAAUUCCUAAAGAAUUUCCAGUUAAGGGACUUUAUGUUCGAAUCUACAAUCUUCAUUUGAACACCAAAAAUAUCAAUAGAUUAACAAGUUCAAUCAAGAUAUUUGGUUAUUUAGCUCAUAUUCCUGGAUUGAAAGAGCCUUUAGAGAGGUUAUGCUGGCUAUGUUCAAAACAUCCAAUUGCAAGAUGA